GUCAGUCGACAGAAGUGAUGACGCUGUGUCUCCCCGAUGCUCUUUUCACGUACGUCUCCGUCUUCGCCUUAAGUGUUUCCCAAAGCACGGCCAUGGACUCGGAGUUUUGCGCAGUUGCCAACGGCUCGGGAAUACUCUGCGUGAACCGUACCAUAAAUCAUACGUUAUGCGCCGAAGAGGAGCCAAUGGUUGCUACAACAGCGGAGACAAUAAAGAGCCUGGGUGAAGACAUUAGUGAGUGCGAACCACCUAAGUAUCCGCUACCCGCUUCCCAAAACCCCCUUUACCUAGUAGGUUACUCCUCAUCACUUAAUAGGUCCAGUUACUCAUGCGUAGCGUCAACUUUCCACAACUUCAGUAUUGGCACUGCGCUGUAUCGACAGCUGCUCUUGAAACAAGCAAACUCAGAAAAGGAAUGGGACGACGAAAUACCCGUUCAGUUAGGUGUUUCCAAGUGCUCGAUUAUUAUGAAUGUAUCCAGAACGUGUGAGCUUGCAAAAAAGACCGGUGCGGAGCGACAGUACCUAAUGUUGUAUUACACUUGGAAUAGUAUGGUUUUGUCGGAAUUGAUAAACGGAACUGAGAAGCCGCGGUGUUCUCUUUGGGCCAAGAAAGCCUUCAGAAUAACGUGGAGGAGUCAACAUUGAGUUAUUUUAACGCAGUUUGCGAAGGUCCACAGUACACCAAGUAUCCAGGAGGUUGUCCGUUACUUGACGAAUAAAACAUCUUUU